AUAAGGGCUGAUGGGGGAUUGAUUACGUUUUACGAGGUUAAUAAUUAACAGGUUUAACCUAUAGGCCUUGAGUGUGCGAUGCAGCCUCGGUCUCAGACUCUGGGCCAGCCUGCCUUGUUUUCACGACGACAGUUUUUGUCUUUAACUACUAUUGCGUCCCAUAGCAAAUACCAAGUAUCGCUAGUGAUUACCGCAAGGGAUUCAAACAUGUUAUAUGUACUUAAAAUAAAAUGAAAAAAUACCAUUUCAAUGUAAGAAGGGCCAAACAGCUCCAGUGAUUUGGUUCUUCAUGACUGCUUCUCCUUUUUCAUCUUGUAUGAUGCCCACAGAAAGACGCUGUAAAAGUUACCGUGACGCAGAACAACUUCAGUUUUUCUUUUGCUUGGAUAUGGAAUGAUUAGUAAAUAUCUGACUGUUGUUAGAUACAUAGAAAUAAAACGUUUAUUUUCAGAUUGCCUCGACAAGGAGGUGAGGAAUGAGCUUCUCCCCUGCGAGUGGCACAGCAGCCAAUGGGUUAGAUGGAGCCGCUGCUUCAGUCUGUCGGAGUAGAGAGGAAGGAGACCCCGCGGGAUCAGAGCUGGCCUGCCGGGGCAGCGAUGGUGAGCAGAGCCCACACGUGCUGUCCCCUAGUCUCAGCCAGGAGAGGGGCGAGGCUUCUCGUUCGGUAUUAGCGUUCGCGAGCGGUGACACUGACCCCGGAUCUCAGGAUUCGUUACUAGCCUCACAAAACAGGGAGAGCGUCGCCUGUGAGAAUGGAGGAAGUGUCAGUACAGCCGGUUUAAAAAGCGGCACGCUUUCUUCAGUAACUGACCGGAGAAACAAAGACUGUAGGCCGGAAGGGAGGCGAGUGGGAGAGCCAGCAGAACAGGAAACGAUCUCCGCUUCGAGACGUGUGUUGACAGAACCUCACCAGAGUGUUGUGGAGGAAGGGAGUUCUGGGGACGAAGAGAAGAGUUUGGAGAGAGAGGAGGAGGAGGAGGAGUGCGGAGAGACAGAUGACACCCCAGAGCUGAGUGAGGCUAGCACACCACCAGACAUCUUAGCAGAUGACAAAGAGGAGACAGGCCUCUGCAAUGAGAGACGAGGGAGCUGGGAGGCUGAAGGGUUCAGAGAAGGGGAGAGCAGGCAGGCCCCAGGAUCACCAGAGGGCUCCCCAAGCCCCACACAGAAGAACAACCGAGUCAACCCCUUCAACCAGGUCCCUGGCCCGUCUCCACCAGAAGCCCCCAGCCUGCCCACGUGCCCCCAGCACGUCAUGGCCCAGGUCUAUGUGUGCAGGGCCCCAGCAGGGGGAGCCGCGCUGCCGUGGGGAGACCGUGAGAGGAUCGUGGGGAGGCUGCAAGACAGUAAGAGCCUAGACGGGAUCAGUCAGGUGUGUGGGGGAGCACGGUGCAGGGAGCGGCAGCCGGAGGGACGCAGGGCCACCAUCUCCAGUGCCCUGGAGCUGGAGGGGACUGUGAGCCACGAUGGGGACCUCACACACUUUGUAGCCAAUAACCUGCAGCAGAAAAUCAAGAUGAGCUCUCGGCAGAGCCUGGACUCUGACAGCUCCGUCCGCAGUCGGGGUUCUCAGAGGAAGCUGGUGGUUAUCCCCCCGAUAGACCCUGCUGUUCUGCAGGACCUGGAGAGGCACACGCAGGAUGUGGCGCAGAGUGUGGAGCUCAUGAUGAGGAGUCUCAGCGGCACCGUUCAGAACAUGACCGCUCUGAGCGUUGGCUGCAUCCAGACGUACCGCGAUUCUGUGGACAGUCUGGGAGAGUCGGUGGACAUGAGUAUAAAGGGAAUGUACACCCUGAUGGCUCGCUGUGAGGAGUUGGACAGAUCCAUGCAUCCCAUCCACUCGCUGGCAAAGCAAAUCCGCGAUAUCAAGCGCACCCUCGAGAUGCUGGAAACCGUCUGCAAGUAGCUGCUUGGGGAUGGGGGGCAACUGCAGCAGCGUCCUCUCCUCCUAACCCUGGAAAUGCAUCUUUCCUCUCUCUCUCUCUCUCUCUCUCUCUCUCUCUCUCUCUCUCUCUCUCUCUCUGUCGUCCUCCUUCAAGACCCCUGCACCCAUGCAAGCUGCUUCUCUCUGGGGUUUAGAAGACUGCGUUUUCAUUGCACAAUUGGAGCAGGGAUAAGUGAAGUCUGUUUCCCACGAGAGAUGAGAGUUCACUGCAGUGCACAUAUAUACGUACAGUUGGGGGGGUGGGGAGUCUCGCAGAUCUGUUAAUAUACGUAAAUAACGCAUUAAGACUGUUGCUUCCAGGUGUUUUUGGUACAGCCUAAAAUAUUACGCAUAUGUCAGUAUACAGUUUUAGCUCUUUCUUGAAAACCACUCAUCCAGUUGUGGAAUUUGUAUGUGUAAUCCUCAGCACAAGUUCUUAAGGAAAUCACAGUCGACUUUUGCCUGAGAUUUGACUUGUGAUUUGUUGAGCUAAUGAUAAAAACUUUGCAUGUCCAAGAAGUUACUGCAAAUGCUGUGGAUGUUUUUUCACAGUACUCUCAUCUGAGUGGCUUCUUUACUAUCUUGGGAACCAAUUGUUUGAUUUUGCGUAUUAUGUUUGAGUAUUAGCAUUUGCUUUGCUAUGCGGUGGAUGUAGGGUGUGGUUACCUACUUUUCAAUAACUUGUUCACUCUAACAUGUCUUUGGGGGAGUGUGUUACCGACAUACCUUGUUUUCAUUUUCCGUUAACUCGAGUGUCCAGGAUCUGUGAGACUCCGCCUGUGUAUAAAGUACAAGCAACCUAAAAGAACAUCUUCAGUUCCCAAGCCUUCUUGUCUCCUACACACCCAACGGAACCUGCAGAAUUGCACUUGUCUCUGACACUGAUUGGAACUGGCCAGGCUGGCUGCUAAUAGACUCAUUGCCUGUGUGGAACUGUUGCCAUGUCUCUGUUUUAGUGACCUGUUUCCCUGAGGUCCCCAAAGCCCUCUGCUGGGAUGGGCAGGGUGUUGCUGGGCUGGGCUGCCUGUCUGUCAGAAGAUCGGGAUCUGUGUAAGGCUUACUCACACACUCAGACAUCGACAGCAUGGGGUCAGUCCCCGGCACAGCAAAUUACUAACAGCACUUACUCUGUACAAUCAGGUCCAGUUCUGUAAAUAGUGAUUUAAGUUAUCUUCCAUUUUUAUUUACUGUUUGUCCUAAUUAUAUAUUUUAAAAACCAAAAAAAAAAAAGACACAAUAAAUGUACAAAGUUUA